GAUUUCAUAAACAAACAACAGGUGUAAAAAUGUUAAAAUCACAUUUCAAUAUUGCAAAACAACAUGAUAUAGAACUAGAGGAAUUGCCAGAGGAUGCGCCAGAGGAAGUACCAGGCGAAGCGCCUGAAGAAACAGAAGAUGAGCUAGAAGAGAAUGCACAGAUAACUUUCUCUUCGGAGAGACGGCUGAAUAGAUCCGAGGUCAGCGUUCGAUUGAGCCUACUUGGGAAAACUGCUGAAGGAGAUGGGUACACAUAUUUAAAGGCGUCUUGCACCGGAAUGAAUUUGACGAAUAUUUCCGCCAUCAAAUCCUUCCAACACCUCCAGUUUGUGGACGUUUCCAAUAACAGCUUGGACUUGGAAAGCUUACAGGAAGUCACCGAACUACCGUUUUUAAUAUUAAUCCACGCCGACAAAAACUUACUCAACUCAGCGGCCCUAAAGAAAAUGAAGUACAUGCAAGUUAUGAUAAUGAAUAACAAUUCGAUAACAUCUGUUCACGAUGUAUAUCAACCAGAACUGUGUACCUUGGAAGUGGGUUAUAAUAAAAUUAAAAAAAUACAAUUCGAUUAUAAAAUGCCGAAUAUAAAGUGUUUAGACUUCAGAUACAAUUUGGUUCAAGACAUCUCAGAUUUCGACUUUCCUAAUUUGGAUAGCUUAUAUUUGGCUGGGAAUAAAAUUACUACUCUCGUUGGAAUAGAAAGAUUAGUUAAUUUGAGGAUUUUACAUGUGAGAAAUAAUCCGAUCAAGUUACUGUACGGUUUCCAUCCGGGCCUGAAGAAGCUGCAGUAUUUGAAUCUGCGAAACUGUAGAGUUGCUUCUUUGAGACAAGUCAAGAAAUUAAGGGUCCUUCCUGCACUGGAAACGUUAAUACUGAAAGGUUGUCCAUACAUGGGAGGCACAGGAGAAGAGGAUCAGGAUGCCGCAGGAGAGGAAGAGGACACUGAACUGAGAGUGGAAAUCCUUGCAGCACUUCCAAGACUUAAGAGACUCAAUAAAGGAGUUUUUACUCCUGAGGAAAGGGCUGAAGCUAAGGAACUUCUCAAACAAUGGAUAGAAGAAGGCGAGAAUGAUGAAGAGGAAUUAGUGGAAGAGCAAGAGGAAGAAACCAGCAACUGAUUUCAAGACAUCAAUAAAUGUUUUUCGAAAACAGUUUUUUUUUUCGGCUGGAGUAGGCUAGCCAGAAUAACGUUACAGCAUCGCCAAGUGCAAGGGUCUACCUGGGUUGAAUCGGAGACGUCUUUCUAAGGCCUCCUAUGAGGCUUAGCUCAGGACAACUUUGGGACGCAUAGGUUGGUUUUUGUCAU